AUGCGAUACGAUCCUUCGCGGGACAGCGGCAUCCGAGUCCGUCAACUGGUGGAAGGCGAAUAAGAAAAGAAGAGAGCGAAGCCGGAGAGCGGCAACCCCAAUGGCGAUUUCCUGCUGUUCCUCUCCCAAAUCCCUUCUCCCGUCUCUUCCUCUCAGAGGGCGAGGACGAAGAGGAGACCGCGCCGCCCCUUCCAGAAUCUUCUGGAAGGCGCCCGAGCCCGUCGUCAGGGCGUCCACGGUCGAUUCCUUCGAGAGCUCCGCCAGCUUCGCCAAGCGGAUGGAGCGGGCGUGGCUCAUCUCUCAGCAACCACGACCGAUUGCUUGUUCAUCUUGCGAAUCAAAUGGCUACAUCGAAUGCAAAUGGUGUGGAGGUACAGGUUUCUUCAUCCUGGGCAACAACAUGCUGUGCGAAGUGCCUUCAAGAAAUACCACCUGUGUUAUAUGUGCGGGGAAGGGUUCUGCUUGCUGUCCUGAUUGCAAAGGCACCGGCUUCCGUGCCAAAUGGUUGGGAGAACCUCUGUCACCCCAAUAAUAACUCCGGCAUGGCAACUCGGAGGAUCUGCUGACUGCAAAGAACAAGUUUAUUUUUUCUAAGUAAGCUUGUGAGAGUCAUCAACAUGUGACGACUGUGUUCUUAUAGGCUGGAAAUCUUGUUAAUCAUACAACUUCAAUGGUGAUGGUAGGAAUAUGUUUAUUCCUUUAUAUUUUCGAAUUCUUGUUCCGAGUUAAUGUGGAGACAGCACUUACGUUACUCAAGAUGUUGAAUUGACAAUGCCUAACGUCUUUCUUUCU